UGCGCCGCGGCGGGAGCUCUGGGUCAGGCCGCCGAGUUGCGGGUCCCAGGCUUCCUUUAGGGCUCCUGGUUGCGGCGCCGUUGGGCAGCCGGUGCCGUGAGAGAUCCGACUUGCGCGUGCCCGGCUGUCGGGCCAGGCGGAACCCCCACCCUCUGCGGCUCCCUGGCCGGGAUCCGAGGGGUCCGCAGCCUGGGCUCCCGGGGGGAGGUCUCUGGACCCUGCGAUCCCGGUUUGGUAACCCUGGUGUCGGGUCAGUCAGCGUUUCCCACGCCGGAGAGGUGUAUCAUGAAUCCCAAUAUGAAGCAGAAACAUGAAGAAAUCAAAGAGAACAUAAAGAAUAGUCCUGUCCCAAGAAGGACUCUGAAGAUGAUUCAGCCUUCUGCAGCUGGAGCUCUCGUUGGAAGAGAAAAUGAGUUGGUUAAAGACUUGUCCAAAAGGAAACAUUGGAACGACCAGUUAACAUCUAAGAAUUCCAGCGCUGGAGUUGUUAUUGUCCCAGAACAUAGUGAAAAUAAAGAUUUUAGUGGAGUUACUCAGGAAGCAUUUGAUCUUAUGAUUGCAGAAAACCCAUCCUCUCAAUAUUGGAAAGAAGUGGCAGAGAAACGGAGGAAGGCUCUCUAUGAAGCACUUAAGGAAAAUGAGAAACUUCAUAAAGAGAUUGAAGAGAAGGACAAUGAAAUUGCCCGCCUGAAAAAGGAAAAUAAAGAAUUGGCGGAAGUAGCAGAACACGUACAGUAUAUGGCAGAGGUAAUAGAGAGACUGCAUGAUGGACCUCUGGAUAACUUCGAAUCACCAAAUAGUCAGGAAUUUGAUUCUGAAGAGGAAACUGGUGAGGACUCUGAAGUGGAAGAUUCAGAAAUCGGUACAUGUGCUGAAGAAGUUGUAUCUUCCUCUACAGAUGCAAAACCACAUGUGUGAAAUUCUCUAAUAUUUGACUCUCGAGAAAUAUACUGCCAAAGUUUGCCUCCACUAUAGUUCUUUGUAGCAGAACAGACUAUAAUGCAAAGUUGGAAUCAAAGUUCCUUGUUUGAAUCCUGGGACCCUGUUGUAUUAAAAUACAAAUACUAUGUAUUUUUAAUCUACGAUGUUUUAUGUAAAUAGCAUUUUCUCAGAUGUCAGACACCACUUGUGUAUAUGAUAAAUAAACUUCAGUCUCGUGUUGA